AUGCUGCGCUUUUGCGCGGCGGCGGUUCGGCUUCAGCUUCGGCUCCACCCGGGUCGAGUGGCCUGGCAGCGCCAGCUCGGAACCCACGGCCGAAAGGAGCCUAGGGAGCCCCUCAACUCACCCAAACGGGCCAAAGAGUUCAUCUACCGGCUUCAGGCCGGCGAGAGGAGCUGCUUGCUGAAAGAGCUCCAGAACUUUGAGUCUAUCGCCAUCGCUCAAGAGACCGUGGAACCUUCACCACCAACUGCUGCACAAAUCAGAUAUGUGUUGUUCCACAACACGCUUCCGUUCAUCGGCUUCGGUUUCCUGGACAACGCCAUCAUGAUCUCUGCCGGAACGCAGAUCGAGCUUUCUAUCGGAAUCACGCUGGGCAUCUCCACCAUGGCCGCCGCCGCCCUAGGGAACCUGGUAUCCGAUUUGGCGGGUCUCGGCUUGGCGGGUUACGUGGAGGCCCUGGCGUCCAAACUGGGCAUGCAAGUCCCAGACCUGACCCCGAAGCAGGCCGACAUGUGGCAGACGCGGCUCAGCUCGCACAUGGGAAAAGCCAUCGGCGUCUUCAUCGGCUGCGUUCUGGGAAUGUUUCCUCUCUUGUUCAUCAGCGAGGAUGAGGAGAAGAAGGCCAAAGCGGACAAGGCCACGCAGCGCUAA